GACUUGCUCAAAUCUGACUUACUCCCAACUCUGGGUCCUGUGUUUACAGUAUCACAUCCAGCACAAAAGGCUCGCUGAGUUACUGAUGACUUUACUAGGCUAGCGUAUCGUAGGCUCGUGAUAGACCCGGACACAUUAGUGAUAGACCCGGACACAUGGAUGAUUUAUGUACCAAUUCCGGUUACAUUGCUGCUCUAGGAACGGAACUACAGUAUGUUCUAAUUGAGGACCCUCUACAAUUAUUUUUGCAUUGCAUUGUCAAACUUUUUGAAUGAUGCUACUUUUCUGCAACUGAACUUGCCUUCUUCUAACAAACCUGUGUAUCAAGAAGAAAAUACAAAAUUGAUUGUUAUCAUGCUAAGAUGUCACAAUAUUUUCAUAGUUGAUGCAGAAUUGAUACAAUAUUUAUUAUUCCUUUUAAGGUAAAUUAAUAAAUAACAAAUAAUCAUCACCUUACACACUUGGCAGUGGAAACGCAAACUGGAUUCUAAACAUUAGUUGGCUUUCUGAGCUAAUUAGGCCGUGUCCACACUUAAUCAUGUUUGUUUCAGGUUAAAUCAACAGUCAUCCAAUUGCUCGGCUUGUGGCUUUAAAAAGAUGGAAGCUGUUAGUCCAACAAUUUAAAAAAAAAAAAAAAAAAAAAAGUGGACAAAAUGUGUGCACCAUUUGUUGUUUUACGUGAACACAGCCUUUGUCAAGUCCUAUUUUUUCAACUCUCUGUACACAAUUUUUGUCUCUCGAUAUUGCUGUUUCUGCAUUCAGGUCAGCAAUUCUUGCUUAAUUUUGAGGCCUCUCCAGACAGCCUGAAGUGGCUCACUUGAUCCGCAGCCAACUACCCCUCUUUCCCACUGUCGCCCUGUCUGCUCUGCCCGGUAGCCUCUUCACCACGUACAGCUAUACUUAGAAGACUAUGUUUGGCUCUAAUUGAUGAGACAAAGGGGCCUCUUCUGCCUUUUGAAGCAUUCCGUGUGUAUAAAGGAAAUGGCGGAUUUAGCUUUUCUCCCUUUUCUUUUCUUUUUGACAGGUCGUUCUUGUCAGCGUUUAACUGGCCCACAGCCACGGUUUCGCUCCAACUGAUUGGCAGAUUAAUUAUGGAUGUGAUUUGCUUGGCCACUGGCGAUGAGGGAGUCAGACUCUCCUUGGAGAAGACAGCAUGCUAAUGUCCUGAUUUGAGGGCCCAGACUCCAGCUUAUCAGCCCCACCUGCUCCUCUCCCAACCAGUCAGUCAAUCAAGCUCCUACAGAGGCCACCAGUUUACCUUCAGGCUUUAGGGUUUACCCUCCCCACCCCCCUCCCCCUUCCUGCUGCCCGGCCUGUCGUCACCAUGACGUCGGAGCUGGAAAGUAGUCUGACCUCCAUGGAUUGGCUUCCUCAGCUUACCAUGCAGGCAGCCAUCCGCAAGGCCGACAGCCAGCACGGCCAUGGGCCAGGCAUGGGCAAGAAGAGCACCCUUCUGGAUCCCAACACCACGCUGGACCAAGAGGAGGUGCAGCAGCACAAGGAUGGCAAGCCGCCCUACAGCUACGCCAGCCUCAUUACGUUUGCCAUCAACAGUUCGCCAAAAAAGAAGAUGACAUUGAGCGAGAUCUACCAGUGGAUCUGUGAUAACUUUCCCUACUACAGAGAGGCAGGAAGUGGCUGGAAGAACUCAAUACGGCACAAUCUGUCAUUGAACAAAUGUUUUCUCAAAGUGCCUCGCUCCAAAGAUGACCCAGGAAAGGGCUCUUACUGGGCCAUUGACACCAACCCAAAGGAGGAUGCCUUGCCAACGCGGCCCAAGAAAAGGCCGCGGUCUGGAGAGCGGGCGUCUACGCCAUACAGCCUGGAGUCGGAGUCUUUGGGGAUGGAGUGUAUGAUCUCUGGAAGUGCCUCUCCAACGCUGGCAAUCAACACUGUGACUAACAAGGUGGCACUGUACAACACGGACCAGGAAGGGAGCGACAGUCCGAGAAGCAGCCUUAACAACAGCCUGUCCGAUCAGAGCCUGGCCUCCGUCAAUCUCAACAGUGUGGGCAGCGUGCACAGCUACACGCCGGUGUCCAGUCACCCUGAACCCGUAUCCCAGUCUCUGAGCCUCCAGCAGCCCCAGUCCCAGUACAACAUGCCCGACAGAGACAAGCAGCUCAUGUUCUCUGAAUUUGAAGAUCUCAGUGCCUCCUUCCGCAGCCUUUACAAAUCCGUCUUUGAGCAGUCCUUCAGCCAACAAGGUCUGAUGGGAAUACCAUCAGAUGCGUCACAGCAGACCCACACGUCCUGUUCCUAUCAGCACUCCCCCGGCGGCGCCAUCAGCACGCAGAACAACCUGUCCAACAACCAGCCCAACAGCCACUCCAACAACAGCGGCCAGGUGCCUCUCUCCCACCCGGCCCAAGCCCACCCCGGACACGGCUCCCCGCACGCGCAGCACCUUCCGCAGCACGCCGGCCCGCACAACCAGCACUCGCAGCACUCGCAGCACCCGCAGCACGGCCAGCACCCGCAGCAGCACCAGUCCCACGGCCAGCACCCGCAGCAGCACACGUCGCAUCCCGCCCAACACGCGCAGCACAGCCAACACCCUGCGCAGCAUCAGAGCCUCUCCCACCAGCCGCAUCCUGCCCAGCAGCAGAUGGGCUGCAAUCCAGGUUUACUUUCUGAUUGGUACCCCAAUCUGGACGCACUGAAAGAAAGCUGCCGCAUUGCGAGCAGCUAUAAUUGGGCUGAUGUGGACCUGUCACCUUUCCAAGGAUUGCGAGAGAGUAUGAGGCAGGCUGAAUUGAACAACUGGUCGCUGGAGCCCACACAGAUUGCCGACCUGUGCUCGUCCAUCAACCAGUUCUUCACCCGCACCGGCGUCAUCCAGCCGCAGGGGACUGUGCAGCCGGCCGUCUGCCACGCGCCCAUGCACCCAAACAAACCCAGCCAGCACCUCGGCACAGGAAAUCUUUACAUGGACUCCAGACAGAGCAUGUCAAUGAUGGGCCCCCCGGGGUAUCCCCACAUGCCCCCCAUGAGCAGCGCAGGACCCACUAUGACUGGACACCACGCUCAGAUGAACCAGCAGCAUAUGAUGCCAAGCAGAAACUUCCAGAUGCAUCGCAUGCCGGCCGACGACAUCCAGGAUGAUUUCGACUGGGACUCCAUUGUGUAGCUGCCUCUUUUUUUUUUUUUUUUUUUUGCAAACAAAAGGAGCGUAGAGCGAUGAGAGGAGGUGGAAGCCAGAGGAAAUCAGGCUGGGCUAAAAAAGGCCGCGGGAGGGGGAGGAGAUGGAGGAAGAGCAGAACCCCCCCCCCCCCACACACACACACACACACACACACACACACAUCCCUCUUACUCCCCUUCUAAGUGGGUGAACAUUAGACGGGCUGCCCUGAGACAUUUUUACAUAACCAGAAAAAGACAAUCAUAUUAGUGGGACAGGAUCGUGUAUGUCUCCAGGCCGCCCCUCCCAUCACCCUUACCAGCGGCCUUCCAAAAACCCCGCAAACCACCCCUCGAUCCCACCCGUUUAGCCCCGCUUUUAGCCACUCCACCAUUGUUCUGUGAUUUGAGCUUGUGAUUCUUCUUCUCGUGUUGGCCUCAGCUGCCUUGUGGAUGGUUUUAGUGCGGUCUCUCUCUCUUUUUUUUUUUUUUAUUAAUCCUUUUUAUUGUUUUGUAAAAGAAACGCAGGCCGCCUCUGUGAGUCGUGACUGUGCACUCGACGGUGGAGGAGGGCCCCCGUGUGGUUGGCGGCGAUGUUUGGAUUACGCUCGCUGAGGUUUUGAACAGGGUGUAUAAAAAUAAAGGGUCUUCGGGCCUUCUGUUAACUAUAUAAAACCAUAGAAUGAAAGCCAAUCAAUGUGUUCAUACAAAGGAGUGUUUGGGCCCCAUUGAAAGGGGGGAAAAAGGUAAAAUUACAGGAAAAAAAGUCACCCAAAUGUUGCAAAGGAUUAUUUUGAAUUUUAAUUCGUCAAUAUGGUGUGUGAUAGCAACAGGAUACCAAAUGUUAUGUUUGUUUUGUUUUUAAAGGUGUAGGCACAUCCACAUCCAUGUCAUUCUAUCCAUCAAUAUUCCCUUUGGAGCAGUGUUUCCCAACCUUUAUUGAGCCAAGGUACACAUUUUAAAUCUCAUGGCAUACCAUCAAUCCAUUUUCUGAGCCACUUAUACUCACAAGGGUUGCGGGAGUGCUGGAGCCUAUCCCAGCCAUCAUCGGGCAGGAGGCGGGGUACACCCUGAACUGGUUGCCAGCCAAUCGCAGGGCACAUAGAAACAAACAACCAUUCGCACUCACAUUCACACCUACGGGCAAUUUAGAGUCCUCAAUCAACCUACCACGCAUGUUUUGGGGAUGUGGGAGGAAACCGGAGUGCCCGGAGAAAACCCACGCAGGGACGGGGAGAACAUGCGAACUCCACACAGGCGGGGCCGGGGAUUGAACCCCGGUCCUCAUAAGUGUGAGGCAGACGCCCUAACCAGUAGACUACCGUGCCGCCUCAUGCCAUACCACCAAACAAAAAUGUACUGAAAUAAUAAUAAUCUGGUCUCAAUUUACUCAGGCUGUGAAAUCUGGGCCAAUUUAGUUGAACACAUAGCUGAUACCCUUGUUAUAUGAAUGGCAGCUUUGCAUCGCUAACAGCUAGAUGAACAAAGAUACAUUAUUUGUACUGGAUAAAUCAUUUUGGGACCAAAUUAAAAUUGGAUAAUGUCUGGCUCUCACAGUGGUUGGGAAUAACUGCUUUAGGGAUGGGCAGGGUCAUCAAUUUAUUGAUGCAUAAGAAUUGAUGGUUCAUUAGUCAUGUCUGGAAGCGAUUGAGACAAAAUAGUGUUCUCCUUCUGGCUGCAUCUAAUCGCUACACUGUCAGUCAUCAUCUACUUCACAUCCAUGCAGACACUUACUAUUUUGUCCCAUUCUAAAUUAUUUUCUUAAAAUCAAUCAAUAGAACGUUCAUUUUCCCUUGGAGAUCAAGGAAAUGCCCAUCCCUAAUUCGUUUUUACACCUAGCAGCCUAUUGAUCAUUAAAGGGGUCAUUCAUAACAGCUAGGUGAAGCAGCACACUGAAAGUGAAAAGCUUAAAAUCGACUUGUGAAAUUAAAACGGAAUUCACUCGUAACACACUGACGUAUUCUCAAUAAGAAAAUGCUACAAAUGCUAGUCUGGCUAGCAUUAGGCUGAAAUCCUUCUAUUUAGCAUAAAGUACUCCAGUGUCUCUCCUUAAGAUUUCAUUUGGAUUGAAACUGCUACUUCCUUAGCAUACAACGUCCAUUCACAGUAGAGCAAACGAGGCAAUGAGAUAACGAAAGCUUCCUUCGCAAUAUGCUCUCAGAUGCGCUUUAUGCUAAGUUAUGCUAACUCAGCUGCAGUGGCUGCUUGGUCAGUGGGCAACUAGCAUGCAGAUGAAGCAGGGUGAGGAGUAGGUUUCGGGCUAGGGGUUAGUUAGUGUUGGAGUAAAGGUUAGGAUUCAUUUUCAAUCACAUUAUUGAUCGUUUUGUGUCCGCCAUAUUGUCGGUUGAGAUCUGGAGGAUAAGCUCUGCUUGAAACUGAAAGACUAGCAGACUGAAUCAUUUUUGAUCGUUUUCUCCGUAUAACCGUAAUCGGUUCAUAUCAGCUUUGUUGUAAACGUUCCGAUCUCGCUGGAUGUGUACAUUCAAAUAACACCGCGGCAACAAUGAACCGCUGUCCAAUGUAGGCUAUAUAUUUUAUAAAUCCGUGUUGCUGAAGAAUACUGAACUAAAAUACAAACAUUGAAAAUGGAGACAUGGAUGCCCGGCAUACUAAAAUGAGUCCUGCAGCAGGGUUUUCUACACCGAUGUCCUGUUGUGGUAAAUACAGUACUAUGUACCAUACAUUACAAUGUAUGUAACAUACAUUUUGUAACGUUUUUUAAGCGUUAAAGCUUAACUUUGAUGACCUGUUCAGAACAAACACAGAUGUAUGGACUGGAUAUCUGGCCGGCGUGAGCUCAGCUGUGCUUAUUCUUAUUGUGCUUGACAAAUUUUCUUUUUCGAAAUUGGCGCGAGUGAAUGAUUAAAUGAGACUUUGUCCCUCCCGCUUGUAUUGUCACAGCCAAACACUGCACAGUAAUUCACCAUUGCGUCAACUUCCAAAAUGGCGGUGCGUGACAUCACGAAAAAACAAUCUAUAGACUCACACUGGGUUAGGCUAAUCAGGACUAGGGUAAGGCAAAGUUUGGGGUUGAAGUAAGGGUUAGGGGUUACAGCUGGCUGGUGGAAGUCAUGCUUAGGGUACUCCUUAGUGCCUGUCAGAAAGCCAAAAAUGUUACCUCAGAUUAAUCAACUCGCUCACAUUGGGUUUUGGUUAGGGUUUAGCUUAAGUCAGUGGUUCUCAAACUUUUUACACCAAGUACCACCUAAAAAUACACUCAACUCCUCACCAUCAUGACUCACAUUGAAAUACAGUUGCGUAGGGUUUAUUCCUAAAAUGUAUAUAUUAUAUUAUUGUAAGCCACUGUCACAUUAUGCACAGUUUGAACAUUAACACUGUGCUUAGAUAUAGGAAAAUAAAAAACUGUACUUAAUGAUUACUUAAAACUAUCCAUCCAUCCAUCUUCUGAGCCGCUUCUCCUCACUAGGGUCGCGGGCAUGCUGGAGCCUAUCCCAGCUGUCAUCGGGCAGGAGGCGGGGUACACCCGUGAACUGGUUGUACUUAAAACUAAACACACUAAAAUAAAAAAAAUUGCCAAUAUAGAUGUUUGAAAACAAACAGUUCUAAUAGAUGAAAUGCAACUGUUGUACUUUAGUUAAAUACAAGUGAACUGUAAUUAACUAAUGUAUUGUUUUGUACUUGAUUUUAAAAAAACAAAAAAACUUUAAAGUCACUGUAAUAUGCACAGUUUGAACAUUUGAUUAAGUUAUUCUGUGGUGUUCCACUAGAGGGAGCCGUUGUACCACAUUGACAAUCACUCACAGGGUAAGGGUUAGGGGUCAGUUAGGGUUAUGGGUCGUGUAAUGGCUAGUACCUCUGAUUAAUGAUCAAUAGGCUCUAUUCUUGCCCUAUAAACUGUCACUUUUGUUUAUUUUCUUAACAUAGUGAAGAUGACUUUUCAAUGCUGUAUUGGGAGUUUAAGCACUUAAGGUAUUAUGCUAAUUUUUAGUUGACGUUUUGUUGUAAGCACAAGCGAUUUUUGGUGAAAAGCACACAAGAAAGAAAACAGAAUGAUUGGCAGUUCUGGAAACUUCUGUAUCAGAUAUGCGCUAAAACAACAGCACUCACAUGGUGCAAAUUUUCACACACUUGGCCAUAAAUUCUGUCAUCCUUUUUUUCCCCAUUUAAUCUGAUGAUUUCGGUCUGGCUCUUGCACUAGGGAUGGACAAUUGACUCCAUUCUCUUGAUCGACCAAGAUAAACAAUUAAUUGUUAGUUUUUGAAAAAAAUGUUUUUAAUUGGAUGGGAUUCAGAGCGAUCACUGAACUCUAAACUCUUGUUUCCAUGGCAGUGUUGUAUUGAAUAGAAUAACGUUGCCCGGAGGAGUCAAUUCCCAUUUCUGACAUCAUAUUUUUCUUCUUCAGACCGCAAACAAAUUUCAACAAAGUAGUGACAACUCCAUUUUACCUCAAUUGCAACAAUCAGUUCCACACAAUCGACCGAAUUCUUAACGAUCAGUCAAUCGACUAAUCGAUCAUUAUGCCCAUGCCUAAUUAAGUUUGUAUUCCACUAACAGUGCCCCCCCCCCCCCCC